UAGAUAAAGACCACAUGGUCUCACAGUUCAGACCAAACCAAAGCAAAGCAGAUUCAAGGAACAAGCUUUGAAGAAAAAAACAACUUCCUAGUUCAUGUUUCUUCUUCAUUCUCUCUCUUCUAAGGGUCAAUAAGAAAGCAUCAAAUUUUGUGAAAAAUCUUGUAAAGUUAAGAUUUUUUCUUGGUGGGGUUUUCUUAAACAUGGCAAAUUUAACUAAUACUGUGUCAGAUGGCCGGAGACUCACCUGUAAGGCACCGGAGAAGUUCAAAUUUUCACAGACUUGUAGUCUUUUGAGUCAGUUCUUGAAAGAAAAGAGAAUUUCUGGUGAUGCUACACCUAGUUUCUUUGGGAAAAUGGAGCCUAAAGCAAGUACAAAGGAUUUGUUAGCCAACAUGCAAAACUCAGAUGGGGGUUUGAGACUAAAUGCAUCUGCUAUUGAAUCUCUUCCUCAGCUUGUGGAAAAUCCUUGCAUUAAGAAGUCUAAUACAAGAUCAACAGAUCCUAAAACUCCACAAUUGACGAUAUUCUAUUCCGGGAAAAUGUUAGUAUUUGACGCUUUUUCACCUUCGAAUGCAACCGAGAUCAUGGAGUUGGCCACCAAAUUAGCCUCUGAAAAUCCAAGCACCGAAGAAAACCCCCCAAGUGCACCAGUCACUACUGAAAAAUUAAAGGAGUCCGAAAUUCCUCAAACAAACACUGCCUUAGAAACAACCGAACAAGGAAACCAAGCCAAAUGUUCAGAUAUGAGAUAUCCAAGAAGAGCUUCACUUCUUAAAUUCCUUGAGAAAAGAAAAGAAAGGGUCAUUGCUAGAGGACCUUAUCAAAUUAAUGGUCACAAAAAUGAGGGUAGUAGUUCUGGAAGUGAACCUAAAGAUCAUUCUUCCGAUCAAUUCGACCUUAACUUAUAGUGAUUUAGUUCAUCUCGAACUUUAGGUUAUACAUGUUUUGGUCAGUCAAAUUACAUUUCCUAACUAUGCCCUAAGAAGAUUGCUGUGGCCUUCAAUCUUCAUAUAGAUUUAUAAGAGAUAUAAAUAUUUGUAUGUAUUAUUUUAUCAAUCAAUUAGGUCCAAUGCUUUCGGAUCAAACCAAAUAUUAAUCAGUUUUAUCACUGAGAUUGGUUAAUGAUUUAGAUUCAGAAAAUUGCAAGUUUGUUUUGUUCUUUA